AUGUCAUCACAACUUUCACAAUCAGUAAAGGAUGAGGGAUUGAAGACUCGUAAAAUUCGUAUGUAUCCUAAUCUACGAGAAAAAGAAACACUGUUAAAGUGGAUAGGUACAUACCAAUGGACAUACAACAAAUGUCUCAAUUUAAUUAAAGAUGGAGCACCAAUAGAUAGAGGUAUUCUAAGUAAAAGGGUAAAAGAUAUACCUAAUGCUAUUCGCAGCCGAGCAAUAGGAGAAUUGUACAAGUCUCAAACCAUCACUAUAGAAAAGAGAGAUUUUAUCAAAGAAAAAGGCAACUAUGCGUUUCUCAAACACAUCAAGAUAUCUGAAGAAUUACCCGAAAUAAAUAACGCAGUCAGAAUCACAAGAGAUAGACUCGGUAGAUUUUAUUUUUGCGUCUGUAUGCUAAUAAAAGAAUAUUACCAUGAAGAUAAUGGCUUUGUUUCUAUUGAUCCGGGCGUAAGAACUUUCAUGACAGGAUAUGACCCGGGUGAAAAGAUCAUAGAAUACGGCAAAGGAGACGUCGUACACGUUGAAGAGAAAGAUAUUGAAGAUACACGACAAGAUCAAGAGUAUUGUGAGGGAUUGCCAUCACAAGAUUACAAAAGACUUUUUCCAACAACAUUUGAUUCACAAGAUAUGAGAGUAUCCUGGUCGUUUGUUGGUACUCUGUGA